AUGGAGGCCUACUCGGACGAUCCCAACGCCAGCCCCCUCACCAUCUCGCAUGACGACCCCCAGCCCCCGAAGAAGCGAUCCUACACCGGACGCAUUGUUCUCCUGUUUCUUGCUUUCAUCGGUCUGCUAGUUGCUCUGCGCAAUAUCCGGGGUCCCCGGCUGCCUCUUACGCGUGACGAGCGAGUCCACCGUAUCCUGUCCAAGACCCCGUUGAUCGAUGGCCACAAUGAUCUGCCUUGGCUCAUCCGGGCAAAAUUCCACAACCACAUCUACAACGAGGACUUCACACAGCCGUUUGAGAAGGGCAAUCUGACCGGUCACGUCGAUCUGCCGCGCCUGGCAGCCGGCCAGGUCGGCGGCAGCUUCUGGAGCGUGUUUGUGCCCUGCCCGCGCGACUGGGAGGACUUUUCCGACGCGACAUACACCGAGAGUGUGCGACAGACCAUUGAGCAGAUCGAUGUUGUCGCCCGGCUGCGUCAGGCGUACCCCGACACCUUCUCUGCGCCGCCCAACGGAACCACGGCGCUGCAGGCGUUCCAAGCGGGCCAGCUCAUCUCCCCGCUGGGCAUCGAAGGUCUACACUCGAUUGGCAACUCGCUCGCCUACCUGCGCAGCUUCUAUGAUCUGGGGGUCUCGUACGCGACGUUGACCCAUAACUGCCACAACCGCUUUGCCGACGCGGCCCUUGCAGAGGUUGCAUAUGGCGACCAUGGCGCCGUCGAGGUGGCCCGUCCGCGCUGGUACGGCGUCAGCGAGGCCGGCAAGUCGCUCGUCCGCGAGAUGAACCGCCUAGGCAUGAUCGUCGACCUGGCGCAUGUCAGUGCGGCGACCAUGCGGGACGUGCUGGGUGCUGGGAAAGACGACUGGCCGGGCAGCCGCGCGCCCAUCAUCUUCAGCCACAGCUCUGCCUUUGCCCUGUGCCCGCACCCGCGUAAUGUACCAGAUGACGUGCUGGACCUGGUCCGCGAGCGCGACUCGCUCGUCAUGGUCAACUUUGCCCCGGAGUUUAUCUCCUGCACGGCCUCUGACCGGGCGGAUGGACUGCCCGAUUUUUUCCCCGGAAACGCAACCCUCGCCCGCGUGGCCGACCACAUCGUUUACAUCGGCGAGCGCAUCGGGUUCGACCAUGUCGGCCUGGGCAGCGACUUUGACGGCAUCGCCUCCACGCCCGCGGGGCUCGAGGACGUGUCUCGCUACCCGGCGCUGAUCGGGGAACUGCUGGACCGCGGCGUCAGUGAUCGCGACGCAGCAAAGGUCGCGGGAGGAAAUGUGCUGCGCGUCUGGCGGGCGGUUGACCGGGUUGCCCUGCAAAUGCAGGCCGAGGGAGUCCCCGCGGAAGAUGAAUAA